AUGGCCGCCUUUGAAGUGUGUGUGCGCUGGCGCGGCCUACAAGCAAUUGAAGACUCGUGGGAGCCGGCGGCCAAUUUGUUGGAAGACAUUCCAACUGAGUUCAAGCGCUACGUGCGCUCAAACAAGGCUGAUCCCCAAGUCAAGGCGAUGACAGCUGCGUUGGGAAAAGCCCAAGUCGGCAAGCACCGUUAUGUGGCUGGGCUCAAGAAGUCACCCGAUGGUGAGACCGUGUGCGGCGGCAGUCUGAUCGCCCCCAAUGUCGUUUUGACAGCGGCGUCUUGUUUCAACGAAGGUCUAACUUCUGUGGUCGUGGGCACGCACUCUUUAACCGGUUUUGCCGACGGGGAACUGGCCACUGUCACCCGGCAAAUCGAAGACCCCAAUGGCACCGACGUGGGCAUCGUAAUCUUGGACCGCAACAUCACGAGCAUCCAACCUGUGACGGUGUCGUUUAAAUUCACUGACUGGUACACAUUAACUUGGGUACGCGGUUGGGGAUACGUCAAGAGUGGUGUCCCCAAAUCUUCAGAGCUCAAUGAGGUCAGCGUCAAGGUCUGGAACAAAAUCAAGAGAUGGACUUGGCUCGGCGACACUGUGCCCGAUAAUAUUAUGGUUGCUGGAGGGGGGGAAGGAGACCACGGGUGUCUACUCGACUUGGGGGCACCGUUGAUCUCUGAAGAAAAUGCGUUCCCGCUCUUGGUGGGGGUGCUCAGAGGGGGCCUUUGCUGUAGGCAGCGCAACUCGCCAGGUGUCUAUGAACGCAUCGCCGCUGCUCGUGCCUUCAUUGAACCGUACUUGCUGAAGUACGAUGUUCUGUAUUACGAUUGA